AUGACUCAACCCGUUGUGAGUCGGUAUAAGGGGCUGGGUGACAGCCCGACGGAGAUGCGGACAUAUUCAGUUGAACGGUAUGACCUCUCUGAUAAUGUCAAUGAGCAUAAUCCCGUGACAGUCCGCUUUCUUACCAAACGAUUUAUCGGUGAAUACAACUCUGAUGUCGAUUUGCUGUACAGGUCAAAUGUCAGGCACGAUGAGAAUCUAACAGAUGUGGAAAUACUAGAUUCUUGCACGAAAAAGAGUGAACCGUUAUCACCGACCGACAACCAACUUAGCUGGGCAGAUGCAUUCAUAAUUGUCUACAACAUCUGUGAGCGGCAAACAUUCCACUGGGCUAAACUGUUGGUGGACCAUGUACACAAAAGACGUUCUCCAGUCUACGUACCAGUUCUUUUGCUUGGAAACAAAACGGAUCUUGAACACCGACGACAAGUAGGUGUCGACGACGGUCACCAGGUGGCACUUGAGUACGGAUGUAUGUAUUACGAAGUGUCAGCGGCUGACAACUACGUCAGCAUCAGCGUAGCAUUCCAGUCUUUGUUGCGAGAAGCGCGAAUUGUGCAACAACACCGCAGUGCACUCCUGAAAAGACGAAAGAGUUCAUUAAUGUCUGUAUCACGAAGGCUCGGAGCCAUGUUUGGAAAAUCAGGCCACAAUAAGGAUGGCGGAGAUACAGAACGGCAGUCUGUUCAUUAUCUAUCUAUCUAUCUAUCUCAGUCUGUUCGUAUCUAUCGAAGGCUGUUCAUAUCUCGGUCUGUUCUCAUAUAUUUAUCUAUCUAUUAA